AUGUCUUACUCAUUUUUGCUCUUGUUUGCAGGGUUCCACCAAUGCAGGUGGGGAUACCAUAACCUUUCGGUGGUCGAGGAUGUCGUGGAGAACUACUGGAGCGCGCAGAUCCCCCUCGACGUGAUCUGGACCGACGACGACCAUAUGGACGCCAGGAAGGACUUCACGCUCAGCCCCGUGAACUACCCGCGCCCCAAGCUGCUGGCGUUCCUCGACAAGAUCCACGCGCGCGGCAUGAAGUACAUUGUCCUCAUCGACCCCGGCAUCAACGUGAACGACACCUACGGCGUGUACCAGCGCGGCAUGGACCGCGACAUCUUCAUCAAGCUCGACGGGCAGCCAUACCUCGCCCAGGUCUGGCCCGGCCCCGUCUACUUCCCGGACUUCAUCAACCCCAACGGCGCGUCGUGGUGGAUAGACGAGGUGCGGCGGUUCCACGAGCUCGUCCCGGUGGACGGGCUCUGGAUCGACAUGAACGAGGCCUCCAACUUCUGCACCGGCAAGUGCACCAUCCCGACCACGCACCGGUGCCCCGACCCGACGUCCAAGGAGCCCUGGCUGUGCUGCCUCGACUGCAAGAACCUCACCAACACCAGGUGGGACGAGCCGCCGUACAAGAUCAACGCCUCCGGGAAGUCGGCGCGCCUCGGCUACAACACCAUCGCCACCAGCGCCGUGCACUACAAUGGCGUCCUGGAGUACAACGCGCACAGCCUGUACGGCUUCUCGCAGGCCAUCGCCACGCACAGGGGGCUGCAGAGCAUCCAGGGCAAGAGGCCCUUCAUCCUCACCCGCUCCACCUUCGUCGGCUCCGGCGCCUACGCCGCGCACUGGACCGGCGACAACAAGGGCACCUGGGAGGACCUCCGCUACUCCAUCUCCACCAUGCUCAACUUCGGCAUCUUCGGCAUGCCCAUGGUCGGCGCCGACAUCUGCGGCUUCUACCCGGCCAGCCCGCCGCCGCUCGAGGAGCUCUGCAGCCGAUGGAUCGAGCUCGGCGCCUUCUACCCCUUCUCCAGGGACCACGCCAACUUCGCCUCCCCGAGGCAGGAGCUGUACCAGUGGCAGUCCGUGGCGAGGUCGGCCCGGAACGCGCUCGGCAUGCGCUACAGGAUGCUCCCCUACCUCUACACGCUCAACUACCAGGCGCACCUCACCGGCGCUCCCGUCGCGCGCCCGCUCUUCUUCUCCUUCCCGGACUUCACGCCGUGCUACGGGGUGAGCAGCCAGUUCCUCCUCGGCGCCGGCGUCAUGGUGUCCCCCGUCCUCGAGCAGGGCGCCACCUCCGUGGACGCCGUGUUCCCGCCGGGCACGUGGUACAACCUGUUCGACACCAGCAAGGCGGUGGUCUCCACGGGCUCCGGCGCCGCCGUUUUCAGGCUCCCCGCGCCGCUGAACGAGGUGAACGUGCACGUGCACCAGGGCACGAUCCUCCCGCUGCAGCGCGGCGGCACCAUCUCCCGUGACGCGCGCGCGACGCCGUUCACGCUGGUGGUCGCGUUCCCGCUGGGCGCGGCGGACGCGGACGCGGAGGGCGCCGUGUACGUGGACGACGACGAGCGGCCGGCCAUGGUGCUGGCGGAGGGGCAGGCGACCUACGCGCGGUUCCACGCGGCCGUGCGCGGCGGCAGGGAGGUGACGGUGCGGUCGGACGUGGCCAUGGGGAGCUACAGCAUGAGCAAGGGGCUCGUCAUCGAGAAGAUCACCGUGCUGGGGCUGCACGGCGCCGGCAAGGACCUCGCCAUCCAGGUCGACGGCGCGGACGACGCCACCGCCGUCGCCACGUCGAGCCCCUACUUCCCGGCCGCGGACGCCGCGCAGGCGCUGCGCCAAGGAGAAGAAGAGGACGGCGUGGAGGGUGGGAGGAGGGGCGUGACGAUGGAGGUGGGCGGGCUGGCCUUGCCGCUCGGGAAGAGCUUCACCAUGACGUGGAGCAUGCACAUCGAAGCAUAG